AUGAUGGAUAUGGCUGGUGGUUCUGUGCCCCCAGUAUUCAUCUUCCCAAGAAAAAAAUUACUGCCAGUAAUGUUUGAAAAAGGGCCUUCUGGAUGCAUAGGACUUGCCCAUGAAUCCGGGUGGAUGACUGGGUUCAGUUUUUUUAAAUCCCUACAACAUUUCCAAUCAUUUGUGAAAUGUUCAAAAAGCAAUCCUGUAUUGCUUUUGUUAGAUAAUCACUCGAGUCACCUUGACUAUCAGGCAGUCUCCUUCGUGAAAGACAAUGGAAUAAUUUUGCUGACAUUCCCUCCCCACUGCUCUCAUGCUUUGCAGCCCUUGGAUGUAAGUGUGUUUGGCCCAUUCAAACGGGCAUGCGGGAAAAGCCAAAAUGAUUGGUUAAAUCGCAAUCCAGGUCAGCGGAUUUCUAUUAAGGAAAUUGCAGAACUGUCGAAUGGGCCAUACCAAGAAGCUAUUACUCCAAAAAAUAUCAUUGCUGGAUUCCAAUCAACAGGAAUUUUUCCUUUUAAUCGGUUCAUGAUAAACCCUUCCAGGUUUGCUCCCUCAUUUGUGACCGACAGACCAUGUAAGCCAGAUUUUAUCUUCUGCUAUUUUAUGUUGUCACUUUCAUUAUCUUUGUUAAUGAUUUAG